AUGGGGAAGAACAAGAAUGCUAAUAAACCACUGACACAAGAGGAAAUCUGGGAUGACUCUGCCCUUGUUCGAACAUGGGAUGAGGCUGUUGAAGAAUACAAACUUUAUCAUAGCAUUCAUGCCAAAGGGGAGAAUGUCGAGGAUGUCCUGAGAGAGGCAGAGACUGCAGAGCCUGGUCAACAUAAUGACGGACUUGAUGAAACUCACGAUUACAUGGAGGCCGACGUUGAACCGAUCGAUUCAGGCACCACUGCGGCUGCGGUCGAUGAGACUCAACAAGCUCCGCAGGUAGAUACAUCCCAGGUUACAGAAAAGCCAAAUAUAUCACCCAAUCCACAAGCUGGUGCAGGGGCUCAGGUACCUCCAGCAGCCCCUAUGCCUCAAGCAACUCUGUCACAUGUACAAGAUGAAGGCCUGAAGAAUCUCAUGAUGGCCUGGUAUUAUGCCGGGUAUUACACCGGCCUUCAUGAAGGACAGCAAAAGGCCAACCAGAACACAAGCUCAUGA